AACUCACACGGAAUCGUGAAAUUCAUUUUAGCUCCGGUCAGGUGCAGAGAGAGUUCUGGAACAUCCAAUUUGCACUAGGAGAAACGUUCGUCGGGGUAUUACGAUAUGUCUUACUCAAGAAGGUCAAGAUACUCUCCUUCAGUAUCUCCUUAUGACAAGCAUCGUGGAAGGUCUGUCUCAAGGUCCUUGUCUAGAAGCCGGUCGAGGAGUAUCUCAAGCGAUGCUGAGAAUCCUGGUAACAGUUUAUAUGUAACUGGGUUGUCUCACCGGGUAACUGAAAGAGAUCUGGAGGAUCAUUUCUCUAAAGAAGGAAAGGUAACUGAUGUUCACCUUGUCCUGGACCCAUGGACUAGAGAAUCUCGCGGUUUUGGUUUUAUCUCGUUGGAAACUGUUGGUGAUGCUAACCGCUGCAUCAGAUAUCUGGAUCACUCUGUUCUCCUCGGCCGCGUCAUUAAAGUUGAGAAGGCAAGACGUCGUAGAGGACGUACUCCAACUCCUGGAAAGUACUUGGGGCUGAGAACCGCUCGAGGACACCAUAGGUCUCCUAGCUACUCUCUCGGCAGGUCUGAUAGCUGCUCUCGUAGUCGCAGUCGAAGCUACUCAUCUGAUCGGAGCAGAUCUUAUUCUCCAAGCUAUAGGUUGAGAGAAAGAUCAUCUUCGUACUCACCCUACUAUAGGCGAGGCAGAUCUUACUCUCGUUCCAGAUCUCCAUCACCUGAUGAUCGCUACUACAGGAGACGCGACAGAUCAUACUCACCCUACUACAGGCGGAGGGAACGGUCCAGGUCCAGAUCCUACUCACCUCACUACAGAGCAAGGGACAGAUCAUACUCGCCUUACUACAGGCGGAGGUACAGGUCCAGGUCAUACUCGCCACGAUACAGAGCACGUGACAGAUCAUACUCACCCUACUGCAGGGGAAGAGACCGGUCUUUUUCGCCUUACUACCGAGGGAGAGACAGGUCCUUCUCACCUGAAAGUCGUCACUACAGAAGGUACAGGUCAGUGUCGAGCAGCGUAAGCCCUCUGAGGAGAAGCAAAUCGCGGAGCUUAUCCCCGAAGAAGGGAAGGAAAGGGAGCAGAAGCAAGUCUCGCAGGCGCGACAGUCAAUCUUCAAUGAGCCAUUCGAGGAGCGCAAGAUCAAGCACCUCCAGAUCCGUCAGCCCAUAACACUCUCUGCUUACUUGGUGUUACUACAAUCACGCACUCACUUUUGAUGUUGUAGUAAAUAAUUUGGAUUUGAGUCUAUUACCUGGAUUUGGGAAUGAUGGCAGAAUAGAGUCCGUAUGUUGUGUUGCAGUGUUGGUUUGGUGUUGAUGUUAGAAGAAUACGUAUUAUCAGUUAAAUGGCACCGUUUCUUAGCCUGAUUGAGUCAGUCACCUUAAUAAAUUUCCAAAAAGUUUGACUUAGUA